AUGGUUUUGGUUUUCUUUAACGGCACUCGAAAACCACCCGGCACAAGCCUCCAUGCUUUCAGGACUGUGGGCCCCAUCCAAGCCUUUGCCGGGAGCGGCAUCGAGCUCACCAUCACUAUUCCCGACUGGAAGAAGGUUGCAACCUACGACCUCGCACAAGCUUGGGUUAGUCAAAAGUCUCCCUGGUUUGGACCCUCCAAUGUAACGUGCGUCAUGGUCGGGACCGAAAUAAUCGGCAUGGCGAUGAAUGACACGGUACUCCAGAGCCGGAUGAUCGACGCAUUUAAUUACACCCAAAUUGCCCUCAACAACGCCGGCUACGGCCACAUCAAGGCCACAUUUCCACACCCUUACAUUAUACUCGAUGACUUUGCGAAGCCGUCCGAGGCCACGAUCCGGGAGACAUUCCGGACCCAAUUCGUGAGGCACCUCGACAUCAUCCGGGCAAGCGGUGCCCCCGUUUGCAUUGAGUUCUUCCUGGUCGAGCUCAUGCGAGUCCUCAACAUCACCGAUCUCAGCUUCGCCAUAUCUGAUGGGCGCUCGUCCCACGCCAUAACCGAUGUCGGCGAUGUUGUCUACACUAACGUGUUCGAGGUCGCGUACGACGCGUUCGCGUGGGCCCUCGAGAAGCUCGGAUACGGGGAUAUCAAGUUCAUCGUCACCCAGGUCGGGUGGCCCACCGACGGGUUUAUCAACGCCAAUGCCGCCACUGCCGAGCGGUUCUUUGAGGCCCUUCUCCCGUUCGUUGCUAGCGAUCGCGGGACCUCCAAGCUCCCUGGGAAGCCGAUCAACAUCUACAUACACGCGCUAACGGAUGAGAACCUGAACCCCCCCUACUUUGCGUACGGGCGCCACUGGGGGAUCUACCGGUCUAACGGCGAGCCCAAGUACCGGGUCGACCUAAUGGGCCGAGGUCGGGUUAUGUUUCCGGCCCCAGCCCGUGGGAUCAAACAGAUGCCUCGGCGGUGGUGCGUGCUUGGGCCCACGGAGGAUGAACACGACGGGAGGGUGGAGGAGGCGUACUUGUUCGCGUGCGCAACGGGAGACUGCACGAGCAUGUAUCCGAAGGGGUCGUGCAGCGGGCUCAACAGGUGGCAGAACGUGUCUUACGCAUUCAACAUGUAUUUUCAGGCGUUUUUCCAGGAUGAAAAGGCGUGUAAGUUCGACGGGCUCGGGCGGGUCGUGACCGAGGACCCAUCGACGGUGGGGUGUGUGUUCCCGGUGGAGGUCGUGAAAGGCCAGCAAGAGAAUUACAAGAAUGUUACCAAAAUUGCAGCCACCAAAAUAGGGAAUAUAGCUCGUCAGUUGCCCGGGCUCGCCGAAAUUCUCGUGCUUCUGGUUUCGACGUUUUUGGCAUUAUUAUUUACAUGA